AUGUCUCAACGUGCCAAUGCAGACGCCCCCACACCCUACCGCCGCUCGACUCGUAUGAGCGCCAAGGCGAGCUCAGCCGCUGGAGAUUCGGUCGUCACCACGGCCACGGCUACCGCCACUGGUUCAGCAAAGCGCAACAGGACCACUCUGACCCAGGUCAAGGCCCGUAGAUCGAAUGCGUACGGUGCGAGCGGCCGCGUCGGAAAUCCCGAUAAACUCCCAGCUGCUCCAGCUACCGGUUUCGCCCAGGCUUUCAAGAGCCAGCUCGACAAAUCCGGUGUUCAAGAGACAGUACAGGAGGAAGACGGCGCCGAAAGUGUCGAUGACCUCGGCAGCGAGUCGCAGUCGCAUUUUUCGUCGAGCGGUCCACGCACCACUGCGUCCCAGUCGAAAGCCGCGCCCGGUUACUCCUUCAUGGACAGCGAUGAUUUCAGCCCCAGCGAGGAUGACGUCGCGGCAUCUGUUGGAAACACGUCCAAGUCAUUUGGUCUAUCUCACGAAGCCGGCAUGCUAGUGUCCCGCGACCCCUUCACGAGUUACCCGAUACGCGAUGAGCGCAGAAGCUCGCCUUUUGUCAAGCCUGCUGUACCAGCCCGUAGCGCCCCUACCCGUGCCGUCAACGGAGCUAGAUCCAACGGCCCAACUCCCGUCCAGGCUCCCACCAAGCCCCUAGUUCAAGACAAGACACCGACAACUGAGAGUGUCAAGGCGCCUGUCCGAGGUCAAACCCAGGCCAAAGCAAGCCCCGAGCGGACAGCUACCCACGUCACUCCGCCGCAGAACGAGCAUUCGGUUGACGACUUAAUUGCACAAGAGCAGGCUAGAUUACAGCGCGAGGGUCCACCACUACCGCAGCAGCAACGCCAAUCGGAUCGACGCCGCCCCCACCACAAGGACCCUGGUGAAGUCAAUGCAUGGAUUGGACAUGUCGAGCCGUUUGAGCAAGAUGAGCCAGUUUGGCGCUGGAACAAGUCUCUUACCUGGGCAUUCUGGAUUCUGUCGGGUUGCCUGCUGAUCGGUGGGCUUGCAUCUGUCAUGAUGGCCACCAACAGUUCUGGAUCAAUCCCUAGGGGCCCUGGUUUAAUGAGAGCCGUGGGCUCCCGUGUCGUCUACACGUACGAGAGCAUCACCAACGCCAUCAUGCCUCCCAGCAAACUCACCAACGCCGAGCUAGCAGAAGCAUACAAGAACAAUGGGGAUGACAGCCUUUUGUGGGGCCGCAUGGCCAACAUUGAAACCCGCACGGGCAAAGGCCUUCAAGACAUGGGCGAGGCAAUCAAGAAUCUGAAGAAGGAACUUCCAGAGGUCAUGAUCAUUCGCAGACACGCAGACGGUACCACGGAGAUCACCGACGAAUUCUGGCGGGCCUUGACGGCCAAGGCGCGCUCUGAACCCGAAUGGACGCGAUUUCUCGAAGACACCAAGGCCAAGGUGGCCACUCUCUUUGACAGCUCGGCUCACAAUGAACGCGCUGCGACGGAUAGUUGGCCUCAAGUCGCCUCGCGUGAAGAAUUCAUCAAACUUGUGGAACGCCGGUACGAGAACCUUACUGUUCAGGUUGACAAGAGGAUCGACGAGGCUAUCCGAGCGCAGACUGCCCAGAUUCAGACCACGAUGCAUGCAGAGGUUAAGAAGGCCAUGAUGGACCAAAUCCGGCUCAACGCCCUUGCGCAGGCUAAUCUGGUUGCGAACUACGAGCUCCACCUGACGAAACCCAACUACUUCUCUCCCGGACUGGGCGCCAUGAUCGACCCCGACUUGUCGUCUGUCACAUUCAAAAACAAGCCCGGCCGCAUUGCCCAGCUCGCACGCCGCUUCUCCUGGACUCCUGAGCACAACCCUCCGAUUGCUGCCCUCACCAAGUGGGAAGAACCAGGCGACUGCUGGUGUUCGGCAGGCCAAGACGCGGCAUCAGCAGGCCAGGCUCAGCUUGCCGUUCGACUUCCACGUCUCGUCAUCCCCAAGCAAGUAACGAUUGAGCACGUGCCUAUGAGCAUGAUGCCUGCUCGCAAGAUCAACAAUGCUCCGCGCGAUAUGGAGCUGUGGGUGCAGACCAACGCGCCCAUUAACCCGUACUACAGCCACCGCGAAGUGAACUGUCGUACGCCGCCACCAGAGAGCUCUGGCGGUGCAUGGAAGUGCUUGGGAUCGUUCAAGUACAACAUCCACGCCUCGAACCAUCUGCAGACGUUUGACCUGGCCGGCGAGCCCUCGCACCCCAUUUCCCGUGCCGUACUGCGUGUAACCAGCAAUUGGGGCGCUAGCCACACGUGCCUGUACCAGGUCAGGCUGCACGGCACCGAUGCCGAAAAGGACUUUGAGUAUCCGGUGAGCCUGAUGGACUAGGACUGUGUUUUGUGUGUUUUGUGUUUUGUUGUCUUGUGCAGAGAUUGGAAAUGGCAAUGGUUAAUACAGAAUGGUGGAUUAGUAGCAUGCACAGACAGUUGGACAGACGGAAUAACCGACAGAGCGAGAGAGAGAGAGAGAGAGAGAG